AUGGAUUCUCCGAAAAGAAAAACUGACGAUCAGAAUACGGAAGGAGUGAAUGAUAUCGAAAUGACUGACGAGAAGGAGUUGUCUUUAAAUGUGUUGAAGAAUAAGAAAAAUAAGAGGGAAAAGGAUAACAAACCAAUUGUUGGGCAAAAGACUAUUUAUAAUAUGAAUGAAUCAGUGGAGGAAUUGCGUUCAGAAAGUGAUUGGAAACACUUCCAUACCUCCACUUCAACUCCAACAUCACUACAAACACAUAUCCCCGAUUUGAACGUCUCGAGUAUUAGCUAUGAGAGCAAUGACUCGGAUAUGUUGCUUGAGAGGCAAUUGUCUCACUUUCAGAUAACCGAUGAAAUCGUUGAAUCGUUAGUUUUGGAAGAUUUUGAUACAAGCGAUGAUUUAAAGAUAUUCAAAAGUGAUCUCAAUAUCCCUAAUAAUUAA